AUGGAUGCAGAGAUGGAUGUGAGUGAGAAUAACAUUUGUGACACAGGGGGGAAGAAUUCAAUUUAUCCCAGAAAGGCCACAAAGCAGGUGGGCCACAGCUGCAGGCCACAGAAGGAGGUGGACAUGAAUUACUCCUGCAGUCCUCCUGGAAACUCUGCUGGAGCUGCGGGAAAGCAGGAGCUUCCCGCAGACCUGCGGUGUGGAGGCAAAGAAACCUGUGACACCUACUGCCAGAAACAAGGUGAGAGCCCAGCUGGGGAGUUUCCCCCCUCCAGCACCAGCUUCCACCUGCAGAGAGAAGAUGAGGAUUUAGAUCACUGUUCCUCUGAGCACCCCAGGAAACCACGGACGAUAACGAAACUCCGUGAGGACAACGGAAGCGCCGCUCUUGGAGAUGCGCUUGGUGAGGAGCUGGAGCGCGUCCCCGAGGAAGCUCUGCCCUAUCGAUGCAAGAAGUGUGGCUCCUCCUUCCACGGCAUGAGCGAGCUGCAGGAGCACAGGCGAGCUCACCUGCUGGAGAACUCCUACCGCUGUCCCAUCUGCUCCAAAGGCUUCUCCCGCGCCGCCAACCUGCGCAUGCACAAGCUCAUCCAUUCCAGCGAGAGGCCGCACAAGUGCCCGGAGUGUGACAAGGGCUUCAUCCGCACGGCCGACGUCUGGAGGCACCUGCGCAACGUGCACAAGAUCGAGCGCUCCAUGGUGAUCCUGGCCAGCGGCAUGGCCAGGAACCCCUGGUCCGUGGUGCACCACGGCCAGCAGCACAAUGUUGAGUGCCCAGAUCAGGCUUGUCUUGCAAACCCAAAGCCUCAGGAGGAUGACUUCAAACCUUACGCCUGCCCGACGUGUGGUAAAAGCUUCGAUAAGCCCAACCUGCUGUCCAAGCACAAGGUGAUCCACCGGGAGGACAAGCCCUACAAGUGUCAGGAGUGUGGCAUGGCGUUUGUGCAGCUGCUCAGGCUCAAGAGACACCAGCAGACUCACUCUGGGGCACGGCCCUUCUACUGUGAGGAAUGUGGAGGGACCUUCACCCGGCUGGCAUCGCUGCAGCGCCAUCACCGCAUCCACACCGGAGAGAAGCCCUACUCCUGUAAUUUCUGUGGCCAUUCCUUCACCGAGUCAGGAACCCUACGGAGGCACGAGCGCACACACAAGUUGGACAAACCUUAAUUUGGGGUCUCUGUGGUUGUGUUGUACCUGAAUGAAGUCUGCUCGGCUGGGCUGGAAAAGCACCCUGUGGUGUGUGCUCUGCGCAGUCCAGACCCACUGCCCAGCAGUGGCUGAUGCAGCAAUGCUGCAUCACAGGGAGCUCUGGAACUUGUACUGAGAAGGAUUGCACUGCCUGGCUUUAAACUGCUUUGUAUGAGAAAAUAACCUAAUUACCCCUGAGUAAUGAAUUGGGAGACUUGAGGAGACUGAAACCACUCGCAUGUGCUUGCUCUGUCUCUGCUGGACUGGCGAUGCAUCCGCUCGAGCUUUGUGC